AUGAUUUCAUUUGAUCAAAUAUUAGAAGAGAAGAUUGGGUCAGGAAUUUACUAACUUAGAACAGUUAGCAUCAUAGGAUUAAUAGAGUUUUGUGAUGGGGUUGAAUACGUUUUUAUGUCCAUUUUGAUGGCUAUAUUGCAAAAAGAAUGGUAGCUAUCUCAAACGCAAGUAGCAACAUUGGGAUCUUCUUUUCUUGCAGGUGUGGUUAUAGGAAAUUGCAUCUGUGCUUAUAUUACAGAUAAAAUCGGUCGAAAAACAUCAUUUUCAAUAUUCGCAGGACUUUCGGUGAUACUAGUCUAUUAUACGAGUUUUGCUGAGUCUUAUAAUGAGAUUAUUAUCCUUCGAUUACUAUUUGGCAUAGUGUUUGGAACAACUAGUCCUUUGGGAUAUGUUUUUAUAACUGAGGUUGCUGUUGCCAAGUAUAGAGGGAGAUUUGCAUUUUCUUUAACACUAAUGUAUGUUGCAGGAAAAGCCUAUUUAGUAUUAUUGUGUUUUUUCUUUCUUGAUGAUUAUACAAGUGGAAAUUGGAGAGGAUUGAUAAGGUUCAAUGGAAUACCUGUUUUACUAUGCUUUAUAUUAUCACUGAUAUAUUUGAAAGAGACUAUUAGAUACUAUUUAAACAAAGGUUAAUACACUGUGGCAUUCCAAGAGAUUGAGGAUGUCCAAAAAUAAAAUAAUAGUUAAUAUGACCCAUUAAAUGAAAGUGAAAAGGAUGGUUUAAUUGCUUGGUAAUUGAGAUAAAACAAUCUCAUGAUCAAAGAGAACUAAAACGAAGAAAGUGGAGUAUUAUCAAAAUAGCAUCUCAGAAUUACACUCUAAUUAUGGACUUUACUAAUACUGGCUAAUUUUUAGAAUUUAAGCAUAUAUUUAUUGAUGCCAUUCUUGUUUGCACAAGAAAAUUCAGGAUUCGAACAUAUGUUAUAUUUGUUUUUGAUUGAAUUCGUCUUUGCAUUUGUAAUCUACUUAUUUAUAGAUGAUCCAAAAUAUGGUGGAAGAGUCAAUAUCAUUAUUUAUGCUUCAAUUUUAUUAGUAAUAACAAAUUUAUUGCUCUAUAUAUAUCAAGCCUCAAUUUUAUUUUUUGGAAUGCUUUUAAUUAAAAUAGCAACUAGAGGGAUGUUCUCUACUCUAUUUAUUAUAUGUUGUGAAAGUUAUCCUCUUCAUCUAAGAUCUAGAGGGAGUGGAUUGGCUAUGGCUGUAGGCAAAGUCGUGUCAAUUCCAUCUCCUUAUGUGCUCUUCCCUCUAUUUGCUAUAGAUCCUUAUCUGCCAUUUUUAAUAUUGAGUGUCCUAGGAACAUUUAUGAUUGCAUUGUCAGUUACAUAUCCGUCUGAUCGUACAUAGAAACACUUGGAAGUUUAUAGUGACGAAUAAAAAGAAGAAUGA